GGACAAAAUUUUAAUUCUUCUUUUGGGUUUGUCUGACUUUUUCGAGGAUUUCAAAUCUCUGUUCGCAUAUUUAAGAGUAUAAAAAAUUCUGAGUCUUAUAAAUAAUUUAAUGGUGUACAUUUUCGCAAAUUGUUGGCAAGGAUGACCAAAUUCUAUUUUUGAAAUUUUGAAAAUAUAAAAGAGACAUUUUUCGCUGGGAGAUUUUAAAUUGCCAAACACCUUUUCUUCAGAGUCGUAUGCUUUAAAAUGCUCCUACACGAUGGAAUUUUACAUCGAAGUGUGUCAAUACUAUUUAUGUUUAUAAAGAGGAUUUGAUUAAAUGUCUCGAAGAAAUUAUGAACACAGAAUUCGAUAAAAAAACUAUUAAUCAGACUAAAGGGUUGAUAAAUUUUGAAAGACAGAUUUUAGUUUCUGGUUAAUUUUCUUCAGCAAAAUAAUGCCAAAUUGCGAUAUAUUUUUUGAUCAACUGCAGAGUAGACAGCACGAUGCUCUCAGGGUUAAGAUAAACAUAUCAAAUUUUGCAGCAGCUAUUCAAAAUAUGAGAAAUAAUAUAGACAUGCAAAUUCAUGAAGAAUGGCAAUCACAACAAGACCCACAAGAACUAAACUUAAACGACAACACCCAAUCAGGUCCAAGAACAAGCAAGAAGAGACGGUUUGUUGAAAAGGAUGACCCCAUUCCUAAUUUAAAGAUAUGUAAGGAAAUUUGUGAUACAAUAGUAGUGCAGAUAAAUGAACUUUUUAGUUUUACUAAUUACCUAACAAUUGAAAGUUUAUUUGAUAGUGAAAAAUUUAAAGACUACCGAGGUUGUUUUCCAAAUGAGGCCGUUAAAACUGUGUGUAGUUUAUUUCCAAACGUAAAUAGCUUAAAAUUCAAAAACGAACUGUCCAUACUUUACACUCGAGAUGACUUUGUGCAAUACAAUGGGGCCGUACCGUUAUUACAAAUGUUUUUUGAGAACAAUUUGACAAUUACAUUUUCGGAAUCUGUGGAGCUGCUAACUGUCCUGUGUACAAUUCCCAUGACUACAGUGGAGAGUGAAAGAUGUUUUUCGUCACUAAAACGUAUUAAAUAGUACAUUAUAUACCUAGGGUGAGAAGUGAGCUAUUAUUUACCGAGCACUUUUAUAUCCUGAGGCGCGUAGCGCCGAGGGAUAUAAUGUGCGAGGUAAAUAAUAGCUUUCUCAGCCGAGGUAUAUAUAGAAUUUUUUUUACUACUAACAUUAAUGUAUUAGCAAUUUUAAUUUUGACAUAAGUAAUUUCCUAACAAUU